AAGACUUAAUCAGUGUGCGUAAUUUACUCGACUACGACAGUGCCUUCAAAACAUGUACUCAGUAAACCAUACCAUUGCGCUUCUUAUUUAAUAAUUCAAUUUAUCAAGAAGAAGCAAUACUAAAAAUUAAAGGUAAAAUGGCUCAGAUUGGCGAAAAGCAGACUGAAAUCUGUUCAUCUGCAUUAGAUCUCAUUGGGAACACACCUCUCGUUGCUUUCGACCGAAUAUGGCCGGGACCCGGACGUAUCCUAGCUAAAUGUGAAUACAUGAAUCCUGGAGCAUCAAUCAAAGACCGGUCAUCGCUAUACAUGAUUAAUGCCGCGCGUGAGAGUGGAGAAUUAAAGCCGGGUCGUCCGGUCGUAGAAGUUACAUCGGGGAACCAGGGAUGUGGCCUAGCAGUCGUGUGCGCAGUUCUAGGGCAUCCCUUAACUCUCACGAUGCCAAAAGGUAAUAGUGUACAAAGGGCGAUUCACAUGGAAGCGCUCGGUGCUACAUGCAUCAGGGUACCUCAAGUUGAAGGCACCUAUGGUAACGUAACAAUGGCGGACGCAUUCGCAGCAAGAGAUGAAGCCAUUCGACUGAGCGAGGAGACAGGAGCAUACUUUGUGAACCAGUUCAGCAACAAAAUGAAUUCAGGUUCACAUUACUGUAGCACCGGACCUGAAAUUUGGAGACAGACUGGGCAUCGAGUCGAUGCAUUUGUAGAUACAGUGGGUACUGCGGGCACCUUUGCUGGUACUUCAAAGUUUUUGAAGGAAGCCAAUCCAAAAGUGUUAUGUUACGUGGUAGAGCCAGCUGGUUCUGAACCCAUCAAAGGUGAUCCGAUUACGAAGCCUUUGCAUUUAUUGCAAGGUUCUGGAUAUGGUUUGUUGCCUGAUUUAUUUGAAUAUGACCACAUGGAUGGAACCCUUAGUGUUACUGAUGAGGAAGCAGUAGAGUAUAAGAAACUAAUUGGUGAGAAGGAAGGUUUAUUCGUGGGUUAUACGAGCGGUGCUAACGUGGCUGCAGCCGUCAAGUUGUUGAAGUCGGGUCAGCUGCCAGAAGAUGCCUGGGUAGUCACUCUCCUCAAUGACACCGGAUUAAAAUACACACCUAUUCCUGAUGAACUGAAGUAAUAUAACAAAAAAAAACUUUGCACUUGCACUUUG